GCCCCCCGCUCUUCUCCAGCAUGAAGGUCGGCGUGGAGGACGCGACGUCUUCUGCGAGCAUCACCAUCAGGGUCCGCGCUCACACUACAAUAGCAACACUCAAGCAGCAGGUCUUCCAAGAUUACGGGUUCCACCCCUUGGUUCAGCGCUGGAUCAUCGGGCAGUGCCUGUGCGUGGACGAACGGACCGUUUCCUCCUACGGCAUCCGCCGGGAUGGCGACACCGCCUUCCUCUACCUCCUCUCGGCGAAGAUGGCCGAGCUGACCGAGCAGCGCUACGAGGAGGACCAGGCGCGGGUCAUGCUCAGCUCCACCUCCUCGCUGAGCGACGCUGCCGGGGAAGGGCGCAAAUACAACACCCUGCCCAACAUGUCUCCCAGGAGAG